CUACCGGAUCACGUGACGGAGCAUAGGCGAGAACUGGGCUUCUAUUUCCGGGGUCCUGAGUGAACGGCGGGCGGCAGCAAUCAACCCGUGGAAGAUGUCGGGCAGAGAAGGAGGCAAGAAAAAGCCAUUGAAACAGCCAAAAAAAACAAACAAAGAGGUGGAUGAGGAUGAUCUUGCUUUCAAGCAGAAACAGAAGGAAGAGCAGAAGAAACUGGCAGAGCUGAAAGCGAAAGCUUCAGGCAAAGGGCCACUUGGUUCUGGCGGCAUUAAAAAAUCUGGCAAGAAAUAACUGAUACACUGGAACAUGCAAAUUAAACUCGUUGAAGCUGUGGUAUCUUAAGAGUGGAGGAUUACGUUUGCAAAUGGUUUUAAUUGGUUGAGCUUUCUACCUUCCCUUGUAAAUUGUAAAUUUGUUUAAAACUCCAAUAAAAGUUUUUUCCUGA